GCGAGGCAAAUGCGUGGCUGGGUGGGUGGCCAGUGGUGUAAUCAAGGGAUGGAAGGAUGAAUGGGUGAUGGAUGGUCGACUUCAACCACCAUUGAUCAGCUGGACAAGCUAUAAUUAGGGGCAGAUCGUCCCCUCCCAGAGAGGGGCCGUGGAUCGGCCGCUAUGGAAGUGACAUACAUAUGUAUGUCACCUUGGAAUGUGCACACACUACUACACUACAUGCUGUCGCUCAAUCCUCGACAGUUGUGCAAAGGGUAAUAAGACUAGAGAAAUCAAAAGAAUCCCAGGGGGGGAGUACAGAAACGACAUCCCAACACCAUCUCCGGGUAUGCUAGCGACUUGUCCUCGCAAAACGGCCAACCCAACCCUGCGUCCGCAUAUGCAUCCCGGGUCGUUGCAGCUGAAACCGACCCUGGCACAGACGCGCGAGGAGCGGCAAGGAUGGCAGAGGAGAGAAGCGGUCAGUCAGCCAGUCAGUCAUUCGAGGUCUUCAUUUGAAGGCACUGCAACAGCCAGCCAUGUUCUCCGGCUGGCAGCAUCAACGGUAGACGGGCGCAAAGCAAGAAAUGAAGACGGAAGGGAAAAGAAAGAAAGAAAAAAAAAAAGAGGAAAAAUACAAAAAGAAAGAAAACAAAAAAAUACAAGGCGAAAAUAGCAGAUGGAGGGAGAGAAAGAGUUGGUAGAUGUCCUGCCAGCACAUACGUGGUUGCCUC